AUCUCUGAGGGUUCAGCUCGAGUCCUUUUAUCUCCCUGAAGAAGUUUAUCAGAGUCAUGGCGGAGGACUGCGGCUCAAUGAACCCCGCCAAGAGGAAGCCUCCAGCGGGGAGGAAGAGCCGACAGCUGCCGAGGAAGAGCUGCAGCAGCCGGGUGAGUCUGGAGAAGGUUCUGGGGGUCAGCUCCCUCAGCAGCAGCGGUUUGACCUCUGACCCCAACACAGGACUGAUCGCCUACCCUGCAGGGUGUGUGGUCGUGCUGCUUCAGCCCAAGAAGAACAAACAGACUCACAUCAUCAACACGUCCAGGAAGCCUUUCAGCGCUCUGGCCUUCUCUCAUGAUGGGAAACACCUGGUGACCGGAGAGAGCGGUCACAUGCCCUGCGUGCGUGUGUGGGAGGUGGAGGGCGGCGGUCAGGUGGCCGAGGUUCAGACCCAUAAAUACGGCGUUUCCUGCGUGGCGUUCUCCACCAACAGCUGCUACAUCGUCUCCGUCGGUUACCAGCACGACAUGACCGUCAGCGUGUGGGACUGGAGGAAGGGUUCGAUCAUCGCCUCUAACAAAGUGUCCAGCAGAGUUUCGGCCGUCUCCUUCUCUCAGGACAACAGCUACUUCGUUACCGCCGGCAACCGACACGUCAAGUUCUGGUACCUGGACGCCUCCAAAGAGCGGCGGGUGAACAGCACGGUGCCUCUGAUUGGUCGGUCGGCGUUGCUAGGCGACAAUAAGAACAGCGUAUUCAGCGGGGUGGCGUGUGGGCGGGGCCUCAUGGCGUCCAGCACCUAUUGCAUCACCAGCUCUGGUCUGCUCUGUCUGUUCAACAGCAGCCGACAGCUGGAGGCCUGGGUCAACCUGAAGACGAAGUCGUCCAGCUGUCUUGUGGUCAGUGAGGAUUUGAUCUUCUGCGGUUGUGCUGACGGCGUGGUCCGAGUGUUCGGUCCGAGCAACCUGCAGUACGUCACCACGCUGCACCGGCCGCACCGCCUCGGUGUCGACCUCACCAAGACGGCUCAGCACGGCGCGUCGCCUGGCGGCCCUGAAGCUCACUACCCUGACACCGUGGCUCUGACCUUUGACCCCGCCGCCAGACACCUGACCUGCGUGUACAACGACCACAGCGUGUACGUGUGGGACGUUAAAGACGUGAGGAACGUGGGGAAGCUGUACUCUGCUCUGUACCACAGCAGCUGUGUGUGGAGCCUCGAGGUGUAUCCGGAGCUGUCCGAUCCAGCUCACGCGUGUCUGCCUCCAUCCUCCUUCCUCACCUGUUCAUCUGAUAACACCAUCAGGCUGUGGCACACCGACCCCCCCACCGGACUCAGAAACCUGUACAGCAACGACCUGCUGAGGAUUCUGUACGUUGGGGAGAACACGCAGCACCUGCAGGCGGAGGGGGAGCGGGAGGCAGCAGGAGCCGACGGGAAGGCCGGGAUCAGAGUGCUGGGGAUCAGUCCUGAUGGGCAACACCUGGCAGCUGGAGACCGCUGUGGAAACCUGCGGAUCUUUGGUUUGGAGUUCCUGGACGAGCUGGUGAAGAUCGAGGCUCACGACUCUGAGGUGUUGUGUCUGGAGUUCUCACCCUCCUCCACAGGUGUGAAGCUGCUGGCGUCGGCGAGCAGAGAUCGACUGAUCCACGUCUUCAACCUGGAGAAGAACUACAGUCUGGAGCAGACCAUGAACGACCAUUCAGCCUCCAUCACUGCCGUCAGGUUCACAGGUGAGAGUCCAGAGGUUCGGAUGGUGAGCUGCGGAGCUGAUAAGAGCAUCUACUUCCAGACAGCUGAGCAGACGGCGGAGGGUGUGUGUUUCUGCAGGAGUCAUCACGUAGUGGAGAAGACGAUGCUGUACGACAUGGACCUGGACCCCUCGAGGACUCACGUCGCUGCCGCCUGCCAGGACCGAAACGUCCGGGUAUAUAACGUGGAGACUGGGAAGCUGAAGAAAUGUCUGAAAGGUUCAUCGAGUGAUGAAGGAGCCCUGCUGAAGGUCCACAUUGAUCCCUCAGGUUCGUACUUCGCGACCAGCUGCUCCGAUAAGAACAUCAACAUCUUUGACUACGAGUCCGGGGAGUGUAUCGCCACCCUGUUUGGACACUCAGAGAUCGUGACCUGUAUGAGGUUCAGUCAGGACUGCAGACACCUCAUCACCGUGUCAGGAGACAGCUGUGUGUUUGUGUGGCGGCUGGACUCCCAGAUGACCAGCACCAUGAGGAAGAGGCGGGCCCUCCACAGACCAGCUCCACCUGAAACCUUCAGCAGCAAACAGAAGAACAUCAGGAGGGAAACCUUCAUCACGGCACCGUCCACCCUGCUGCCUCACACCGAGGAAGAGGAGGAGGAGCUCAGGACUCCAGCCAGACUGGACUCGGCUCAGGACGUUCGGCUGCUCCAGACCAACGGGAAGCUUCCCAUGUGGUUCAGGAAACUGCAGGGUCAUGGUGGAGCCUCCUCUGCCGUCCAAUCAGACGCUGACCCUGAGCCUCGCCAGGUGCGCGGCCGGUGGGCGGAGCAGCUGAACCCUCUGACCAUCUGCUCCCACUUCUCCCCGAGUCCCACCAAGAGCCAGGAGGAGGAGGAGGAGGAGGAGGACGAAGACUUCCACCCUCAGAGUCUGGACAGUCUGCUGGGAGAGGAGGAGGAGGAGGAAGAGGAGGAGGAAGAGGAGGGGAGAGAGGAGGAGGUGAAGGUGCUGCAGACUACAGGAGGAGACAGGAGCAGCUUCAUCCUCUACCCCAACACCUCCACCUCUGACAGGGAGUUUGAUGUUCAGGCUGAGGUCAGAGGUCAGGUGGCGGGGCCUGUGUGGAGCAGUCAGCUGAGUCCAGACUCCGCCUGCUCAGAGGGGUCGGCAGGAAGUGUGGAGCAGCAGCAGGACGCGGACACGGACUCUCUGAGCCAGGGCAGCUCUGUGGGCAGUCUGGGUUUGGAGGACGACGACGACAGGAACUCUCUGAAGAACCACUUCGACACGCUGUGCUGCAACCUGUCUGACGAGAAGUUUGACACUGACCUGCGGACCCUGCAGCCUCUGGAGGAAAAACAGUUCCUGAACCCUCGACUCAGCAUCUCCACCCGCUUCCUGUCCCGCUACCAGGACCGGAUCAGGACGUGGCCAAGCAGAGCUCCGCCUCCCGUCUCCAUCCCAUCCAGGAUCUCAGAGGAGAGCAGCAUCAGCAACACAUCGGUGAACUCCAGCAGGGAAGUGACAUCAUCAGAGUCGAAGAGCAGCAAAGGCGUCACCUCCACGCUGCCUGCAGCCCAGCAGGGGGCGCCGCCACCCGGACACCAGGGAGCCAGCCAGGACCCCCUAUCCUCCAACACCUCCACCGACCUCCACCUGGACCAGACCAGCAGCGUCUCUCUGCAGGUAGCUGAGACUGCUGGGAGCCCGCUGGCCACGCCCACUGAGGAGAGGUCACCCAGCGCUGAGGAAACGCCGACCAAUCAGAACCAAACCUUGACCCUCAGCCCCACCCCCUCCAUCACCCCCACGGCCACACCCACUUCCUGUGACAUCAUCAGCUGUGACCUCAUCAGCAGGCCAGCUGAUCCAGGUGACGGUGACAGUGAGGUCAUCAGCGUGCUGCAGUGUCAGCAGGUCGCCAACGAGCUGAAACAGACAGUGAGACACGCCGUCCACCUGUACACACAGCUGUGCGAGGCGUCUGGCGAGCGGCAGCAGAUGGCGUCGGUGCUGCAGGAGGCGCUUGAUGUAGUUCACCUGGAGCUGCAGGCGGUGCUGCGGGGGGGCAGCGGCGCCCCCUCUGGUGACCUGCAGGACGACAGGACGGUGCUGCGGGGGGGCAGCGGCGCCCCCUCUGGUGACCUGCAGGACGACAGGACGGUGUUGCGGGGGGGCAGCGGCGCCCCCUCUGGUGACCUGCAGGACGACAGGACGGCGUCUCUGCUGGAGAAAUACUCGGAGCUGCUGGUUCAGAUGACCCAGAACAAACUGAAGCGGCUCUGAUGGGUACGGAGGCUCAGAGAGGACAAAGUUUAACAUCAGCUGAUCUGAGCUAAACCCCGCCCCCCCCCCCCCCCCAGCUGAUCUGAGCUUUCUAGACGUCAGUGUUAAACUAAGAAGCACCUUAUGUUAGUGUUACUGUUUCAAUCACGUCACUGUUUGUACAGAAACUUGUUUUAUUAAUAAAGUUUUUA